AUGCGGUCUCUCCUUCUCCUCGCGGCUGUGGGCCUUGCCGCUGCAGAAACUGGCAUCGAUGGCUGGCUACGGUAUGCACCUGUACCUAAUGCCAAUGCGUCUGGUCUGCCGAUCAACAUUGUCUCGCUUAAUGCCACAGCGAAUGGCCCGGUACAUGCUGCCGCUUCUGAGCUACAGAAAGGUCUUUCGGGCAUCUUCAAUCACAGUCUCAAUGUGAUCUACCCAACCAGUUACCAGCUUAGUGACACCGCCUCCUCCAUUGUCGUCGGCACAGUUGCAGAGUACGCCAACGCAUUCGGUGCUGCCCCUAAGACCCCUCAACUCGAGAACGACGGAUACUUCCUCAAUACCACAGGCUCUCGCGUUCAGAUUCUCGGACGCAAUGAACGGGGUGCUCUCUAUGGCGCGUUCCAAUACCUCUCGAUGCUAGCACAAGGCAACUUCUCAGAAGUGGCAUAUACUUCCAACCCAGACGCUCCGAUACGAUGGGUCAACCAAUGGGACAACCUGGACGGCUCGAUUGAGCGAGGCUACGGCGGACCAUCAAUUUUCUUCUCCAAUGGGACUGUCAAAAUCAACAGCCUCGAUCGAAUGACGCAGUACGCGCGCCUUUUGGCCUCAAUCGGUGUUAAUGCCAUUGUUGUGAACAAUGUCAACGCCAACGCGUCGAUUCUCACAACCCAGAACGUGGAGGGGCUGGGCAAAAUAGCCGAUACCUUCCGCCCAUACGGUGUGCGAGUUGGUAUUUCUCUCAACUUUGCGUCUCCCACGGCCAAUCUAGUGUAUGGCAAUCUAAGCACUUUCGAUCCGCUGGAUUCCGAGGUUAUCGACUGGUGGCAGAAUGUUACCGACACCCUCUACGCUCGCAUACCUGACAUGGCAGGAUACCUGGUCAAAGCGAACUCGGAAGGACAACCAGGUCCAUUGACGUACAACCGGACUCUGGCAGAAGGAGCGAAUCUCUUUGCCAAUGCCUUGGAGCCUCAUGGUGGUAUCCUUGUCUUCCGAGCAUUCGUGUACGACAGCCAGCACUUGAACGAAUCGGUCUGGACCCAGGACCGUGCCAACGCCGCCGUGGAGUUCUUCACCGGCCUGGAUGGCAAAUUUGCGGAAAACGCGCUUGUGCAAAUCAAGUACGGCCCAAUUGAUUUCCAGGUCCGCGAGCCUGCGUCGCCUCUCUUUGCUUACCUACGAAACACGAGCACAGCGAUCGAGCUGGAAGUUACACAAGAAUACCUGGGCCAGCAAAACCAUCUAGUCUACCUGCCGCCACUAUGGAAAACAGUUCUAGAUUUCGACCUGCGAGCCAACCACUCAAAGUCGCUCGUCCGCGACAUCAUCAGUGGUGAGCGCUUCAACAGGCCCAUGGGAGGCUAUGCAGCAGUCGUCAACGUCGGCACCAACAACACUUGGCUGGGCAGCCAUCUCUCCAUGUCCAACCUGUACGGCUACGGCCGCCUGGCAUGGGAUCCCACUAGCGACCCACAAGCCAUCCUCCAAGACUGGAUCCGUCUGACAUUUGGUCUCGAUCCGGCCGUCAUGCGCGCCAUCACAAACAUGUCGAUGGCCUCCUGGCCCGCAUACGAGAACUACACUGGCAAUCUAGGCAUCCAAACCCUCACAGACAUCCUGUACACACACUACGGGCCCAACCCGCAGUCCCAGGACAACAACCCUUGGGGCCAAUGGACCCGCGCCGACCACGACUCGAUCGGCAUGGACAGGACCGUCGCCAACGGCACGGGCUUCGCAGGCCAAUACCCGGACGAAGUGGCCGCCGUGUACGAGAACAUCUCAACCACCCCGGACAACCUGCUCCUCUGGUUUCACCACGUCAACUACACGACGCGGCUCCACUCCGGCGAGACGGUCAUCCAGCACUUUUACAACGCGCACUACGCCGGCGCGGAGACGGCCCAGACCUUCCCAACCCAGUGGGAAGCCCUGCAGGGCAAGGUCGACGCGCAGCGGUACAACGAGACGCUCUUCCGCCUGACGUACCAGGCGGGCCACUCCAUCGUGUGGCGCGACGCCAUCAACAACUUCUACCACAACCUCUCGGGCAUUGCCGACGCUCAGGGCCGAGUCGGCAACCACCCCCACCGCAUCGAGGCCGAGACCAUGAACCUGACAAACUACGAAAGAUACACCGUCUCGCCCUUCGAGACCGCGAGUAACGUCACGGCGAUCGUAACGUCCGCGAACGCCACCACGGGAACCGCCUCCACCAGACUGACCGUCCAGAACGGCACCUACAACGUCGCGGUCAACUAUUACGACCUCUACGGCGGCAAGGCGCAGUAUACACUGACUAUAGGGGGCCGUCAAGUCGGGGCUUGGUCAGGUAAUAACGAAGAUAGGCUCGGAAACACACCCAGCAUCUAUCUCGACGGCCACUCCGCCACGAGAAUCACCUUCCGCAACGUGACCAUUCGGCGGGGCGAUGUCCUCGAGGUCACGGGCAAGGCGGACGGCGUGGAACCCGCGCCGCUGGAUUAUAUCUCGAUAUUGCCCUUGGGGGUUGUGGACUAG